AUGACGCGCCCCGUCUUCGUCCCACUCGUGGACCCCACCGCCAACGCCCUCAUCCCCUCACUAGCCCUCAUCGGUCCCCUCCUCAUCCCCACCUCCCUCCUCGAUGCCGUCCGCCCGUCCCUCCCCCCGACAGCCUCCUACAUCGUCGAGGCUUCCGCCGCCAAGCCCGACACCGACCUCGUCGCCCUUCUGAACAAUGGCGCCAAGGCUCUCGUCGUCUCCCAGGCUCAGCUUGACAACCUCUCGGAUGUUCCCAAGGAGCGCCUGAUUGUCAAGGUCGCCGAGAGCGAGCUCGCCAACGCCGCGCAGCUGCCCGCCGGAGGACUGUACGUUUCCGCCUCCAAGGUUGUCACCCCCAAGGAGAUCGGCUUCAAGGGCCCCGUCUUCCUUCAGACCGAGGUCAGCGCUGCCAACGCUGUUGAGACGAUCAAGGCCGCCGGCGACGCCACCGUUGUUCUCCCCACUGCCCUUCUCACCGAGGGAGCCUCCACCUCCUCGCACGUCGGCAUUGCCGACGCGUUCCUCGCUCCGGUCAUCAGCGACGGGCCCGACGGACUCUUCCCCACUAUCGUUGCUUCAUCCACCCACUCCUCUCGCCCGCUCGGCAUGGUCUACAGCUCCCGUGAGAGCGUCGCCGAGGCCAUCAAGACCCAGAAGGGCGUCUACCAGAGUCGCAAGCACGGUCUGUGGCGCAAGGGAGAGACCUCUGGCUCGGUCCAGGACCUCGUCAAGAUCGACCUCGACUGCGACACCGACUCUCUCGUCUUUGAGGUUGUCCAGCACGGCACCGGCUUCUGCCACCUCGGCACCCCGACUUGCUUCGGCCAGUGGUCUGGUCUCGCCAAGCUCGAGGACACCCUUCAGUCGCGUUUCGUUUCCGCUCCGGAGGGCAGCUACACCAAGCGCCUCUUCACCGACGAGAAGCUGCUCCGCGCCAAGAUCAUGGAGGAGGCUGAGGAGCUCUGUGACGCCAACACCAAGGAGGAGGUUGCUUUCGAAGCUGCCGACCUCAUCUACUUCGCCCUCACCCGCGCCGUUAGCAAGGGUGUCAGCCUGAAGGACAUUGAGCUCGCCCUCGACGCUAAGUCGCUCAAGGUCACCCGCCGCAAGGGAGACGCCAAGCCGAAGUGGGAGGAGAAGGUCAAGCCGGCUGCCGCUGCUGCCCCUGCUCCCGCCCCUGCCGCCGAGACUGCCGAGGACAAGCCGAUCCGCAUGCGCACCACCGUUCUCAAGGACGUCCCGAAGGAGGAGCGCCCGCAGCUCCUCGUCCGUCCCGUCCUCAACUCGCUUGCCAUGAUUGACAAGGUCAAGCCUAUCGUGGAGCGUGUCCAGAAGGAGGGUGACGCCGGUCUCAAGGCCAUGACCAAGCAGUUCGACAAGGCCGACCUCGAGUCCAACGUCCAGCUUCCUCCCUUCGCUACUCCCUCCGAGGCUGAGCUCCCUGCCGACGUCCGUGCUGCCAUCGACCAGGCUUACUCGAACGUCAAGGAGUUCCACGCCGCCCAGCUUGACGCCGCUCCCCUCCGCGUCGAGACCAUGCCUGGUGUUGUCUGCUCGCGUUUCGCCCGCCCGAUCCAGCGUGUCGGUGUCUACGUUCCCGGUGGAACCGCCAUCCUUCCCUCGACUGCCAUCAUGCUUGGCGUUCCCGCCCAGGUUGCCGGCUGCAAGGAGAUUGUUCUCGCCACACCGCCACGACCUGACGGAUCCAUCUCUCCCGAGGUCCUGUACGUCGCCAAGCUCGUUGGCGUCACCUGCAUUCUCAAGGCUGGAGGAGCUCAGGCUGUCUCGGCUAUGGCUUACGGAACCAAGGAGGUCCCGAAGGUCGACAAGAUCUUUGGUCCCGGCAACCAGUGGGUCACUGCUGCCAAGAUGCUCGUCCAGAACGACACCGACGCUCUCGUCUCCAUCGACAUGCCCGCCGGACCGUCAGAGGUCCUGGUCAUUGCCGACGAGACCGCCAACCCUGUCUUUGUCGCCUCUGACCUGCUGUCGCAGGCUGAGCACGGUGUCGACUCGCAGGUCGUGCUGGUCGGCAUCAACCUCACCGCCGAGAAGCUGUCGGCCAUCGAGGCCGAGGUCGACAAGCAGGCCCGCGCCCUCCCGCGAGUCAAGAUUGCCCGUGAGGCGAUCGGCAAGUCGCUCAUCGUCCUCGUCGACACGCAGGACGAGGCCAUGGAGUUCUCGAACGAGUACGCUCCGGAGCACCUGAUUCUGCACCUGAAGGACGCGCCCGGUGCCGUUGCCCAGGUCGAGAACGCGGGCAGUGUGUUCGUCGGCGCCUUCUCCCCCGAGUCGUGUGGUGACUACGCUUCUGGCACGAACCACACGCUCCCGACGAACGGCUAUGCGCGCCAGUUCUCGGGCGUCAACACGCUCUCGUUCCAGAAGCACAUCACGAGCCAGGAGGUCACGGCCGACGGACUGCGCAAGCUGGGUCCCGUCGUCGUCACCCUCGCCGAGCGCGAGGGGCUCGAGGCGCACGCGAACGCGGUCCGCGUCCGUCUCGCCGAGCUCAGCAAGUAG